GAUAUGCUGUGAGAGUCUUAUCGUUUCAGCCUGUGAGGCAUCUGGACUAAAUGACUUGGAGGUUUGCCUAUUGGCAAUCUCUGCGACUCACUUCAAUUCUGUGUUAGUAUGUUGAAUUGUACGAGCCAGAAAAUUAAUUCCAAGUCUUUUUAAACAACUUAGCAUGAGGCAUUGGAACACUCAACAGGGAAACCUGUCACCAAACAAGCUUUGUCUUGUUUCCCUAUCUUACUACUGUAUGCUGCUCAAAUCACAUGUACAGAUAAUCGUUUCACCGCACCAGACUAUCUAGCAUGUAAUGGAAUUUGAAGAGCAUCUUUAUUUAGAUCUGCAGUUGGGGGAGAUUAACAGAAAAACUGCCCAUCUCUCCACUUCUCCUUACUGGGGCGGAAGACAAGGAAGGAAGCAGGGGAGUCAAACAGACAGAUAGGUGUGGCGACAGUGUGAAAGGAUACAGAGAGACUUACGGUUCGGGUUUAUGUUUCUUUUUGCAGAAGAUGGAGAGGAGAUGGAUGCUGGAGAGUGAGGGAGGGAGCCCUGUGUAGGCUGGACUGGGCCACAGCACCUGAGCUGGGAGGACUGGGAGAAGAGAUGGUAGAGGGCAGCUCCACAGACUGGAGGAGUGCAAACUGGCCUCAAACAGUGCGUACUGGGUGCCAGCCGGUUCUGGCGCCUUGGCAUCAGAGUCAGACCGAGGCUCCUGCGGUGGACGACUGGUUCAGGCACGCAGAGGAGACAUGGAAAGCUGUCCGUGUUCAUCUUCAGCGGGCCAUGCUGCGCCUAAAAGAGAACGCAGACCGUCAUCACAGUGGGGCCCCGGUGUUCGCACCGGAGGACCGGGUCUGGCUCUUGCCCCGAAACCUGCCCCUCCGGAAGCUGGGUCCGCAGUUUGUGGGGCCAUUUACAGUCCUGAGGCCGGUGGUGGCUGGCCCGCUCCAGGAGUCUGAGGUUUGGGAUGUUCCUCCGCCCCCUCUGGACAUCGAUGGGGCCCCGGCGUACUCCGUUCGCUCCAUAUUGGAUUUGAGGUGUCGGGCGAGGGGCCUUCAGUAUCUCGUGGAAUGGGAGGGGUACGGUCCGGAGGAAAGGUGCUGGGUUCCAGUCGAGGACGUGUUGGACCCUUCAAUGCUGCAGGAGUUCCACCGUCUUCGUCCGGAUCGCCCUGCGCCUCGCCCUCCGGGUCGUCCCCGAGGCCGGUGUCGGCGUCAGCCGAAGUUGGUUCCUCUCCUUGUUCGGGCGGCGUUCGGCGGUCGGCGUCACCGGUUUCUAUCCCUCAUUGAUCCACUUUUCAUUUUCCAUUUGUUUUGUCUUGUCUUCCCACACACCUGGUUUCAAUUCCAUCAUUACAUGCUGUGUAUUUAACCCUCUGUUCCCCCCAUGUCCUUGACCGGAAUUGUUUAUUGUAAGUGCUUGUGCACGUUAUGUCUGGUGUGCGACGGGUUUUGUACCCAUUGUAUUUGAUUGUUUUGUUUACGGUGAUUUUUAUUAUUAAACUGCGCUGUUGUAACACAGUUUUUGCUCUCCUGCGCCUGGCUUCUCUGCCGCCAGUAUGCACCUCUUACAGGUGAAUACAUAUG